AUCCAUUUCUUUCUCGUGUAAAUCCGUCUGUACGGUCGCGGGCCUCGAAACCAACAGACGUUUGAUCCGCACGGCGGCCUCGCGCGCCCGCGAACCCAUCCGCUGCGACCGAGCGGCCGUUACAGAUCGAUCCAUGGGUGUAACCCUCGCGAGCGGCGGCGCGGAGGAGCCGCCGGGAAACAGCCAUCUUUGCCUGCGUGCGCUUCUCGCGCGUUUAAAGACGCUGCCGUCGGUUGUAUAAGCGGUCUGUCGGAGUAAUGUCGGAGUUGGUACCAUUCGUCACUAUUGUCUGCUCGUCCGUGCGUCGGGUCGCUGCGCCAUGGCGCCCUGCGCGUGCUGCCGACGCUUCCAUCUGCCGCCGCACUGGGCCGUGUGUGUUCAACACGACCUCCUCUCGAUAAUCACGGCAGUGAAAACGAAUCGUUCUCUUUGGCACAAACGGGUUUUACAGCUCAGAUUAAAGUCAUGUCUAAAGACUGAAGUAGUGCGCGGCGCUCCCUUCACCAGCGGCUCUGUGCGCGUGAUACAGUCACACAAGUCAGGGCAUGUCUGUAAGGAUGGAAAUGGAUAUCAAUGGAGUGUCAAGAGCACAUGUCUCCAUCAUCCCUGCAUCGGAAAUCAAAGCGACAUUAAAACCAGAAGCAGAUAGACCUCGCUGUGCCAGCACCCCAUGUUCACCCAUCAGAGGUACUGUUUCAGGAUACCAGAUCCUCCACAUGGACUCAAACUAUCUGGUCAGCUUCACCACUGGUGAAGAUCUACUCAAGCUUGCCCACAAGUGGUCAGAAGGAACACCAGAGAAGGGUUCUGUACCAGAGGCCAUGACCAGCUCUGUUGAGAGCGCCGUGCCAAAGUCGGUGGACUUGGGCCUCCACCGAUCUUCACGCAUCUGCAAAGGUAAAAGUCGCCACUACCAACCCUACGACAUUCCUGCUGCCAAUGGCCGGAGAAGGAGGCGCAUGCCCAGCUCGAGUGACACCUUCCUGAGGUCCCUGACCCACGGGGAGCCUGCAAAGGGUCUGAAUGCUCCACUACCCCUCUGUCUGCUUAAAGGGAAGAGGGCCCAGUCCAAGUCUCUGGACUACCUUAAUCUGGACAAAAUAACUAUCAAAGAAUCAUCAGACACUGAGGUGUUACAGUACCAACUGCAGCACCUCACCCUGCGAGGGGAGCGCAUGUUUACCAGAAACAAGACAUGAAAGCACAGUUGAACGCCCUUUUCCGGCGUCAUUUCAAGCUUGGUCUUUAACAAGACAGUCUGAAAUCUUGUUACAUGAUUAACUGGGGGUAUCACCUUGGACACAUACAGUUGGGACACUCCUCACAUUGUAAUGAGGUUGUUGAGGUUAAAACAUGUAAAUUAUAUAAACUUAGCAAUAACUGGUGAACCUAUUUAUUGAUAGAGUUGUGGCUGUUUACUGGUCAGAGAUGCACUGAUACAUCAGCUUACAGCUGAUGAAAGCACAUAUCCCCUUCUCUACUAACUGAAAAUGCAACAUUUCAAUUAGUCCAAUCAUAAUUUAAUUGUUCAUUUAUGAGGACUUUUGUUAGUGGAAGUUUAGAUUUUCUUUUCAUUGUAUGGCAGUGCAUACAACUGUAAACACAUAUUGAUUUAUUACUGUAAGUCAAUAUCAAUGUGUUUUUAAAUCUCUUUUCUCAGAAGAUCGGCAUCUUUAAAAAACAUAAAGAAAUAUAAUACAAUAGUCACAUGCCCCAUGUACAUUUAAAGAGUUUUUAAUCGUUGUGUUUGACCCUCCGUCUAUACUUGUGCUGAGUUAAUCACUUCCUCAUUUUAAUAUAUUGAAGUAAUUUGGAACUUGUAAUACCAGGGAAUUUUCAAUUACCAGCUCCUUAGAUGACUAGCCAUCAGAAUACGCAAACGUUUCCUUGUUGCUUUCUAUGUACAUGGGUACACAAAAGUAUUUUGAAGUGUGUCUUUUUAACGAGUGUGUAUGUUCCAUUUACAGCUGGUAUUGGAUGUGUUUUGCCAUAUUGCAGAAAAUGUGUUAUUUGCACCUGAUUGCACUGAUGGAUGUCUUCAUCACACUGUUGAAACUUCAACAUUACGGCAAGAAUUAGGCAUUCACAGUUUAUAGUCAUAUUGAAGACAAGUAAGCCAUCUGAACACUUCCUUCAGGUUUUACACAUGUUGUUGCGUUGCUUUGUAGGGAAAUUUUGAUUUCUUUCAAUUUUUUUGUAAAACAUUAAAAUUUUUAUUAAUUUCCUGAACAUGUGUAUAUGUAUCAAACCUCAAAUGUGUAUGUGACACUGCCAUGCUUCAAAUUGUUCUAAUAUAGAAAAUCAACUAAUCUGAGUAGAAUGGGUGCAGUAUGUGUUACUUUGAGCCCACCUUAUUUGUGCAUUUGUACUUAAGGCUCAAUAAAAACGGAGAGGAAAUGCUGGA